CGCGCUCCCCGGGUCCCUCCGGCAGGCGCUGCCCCAGGCUGGUCAGUUGUUGGGCGAGAAUCGGGCAGGGCUGGUGAAGGGGCAUCUUCUCCCGGAGGGGCUUAAGAAAGAAGACUGAAAUGUCGUCAUUGAUCAGAAAGGUGAUCAGCACCGCGAAAGCCCCAGGGGCCAUUGGUCCCUACAGUCAAGCAGUGUUAGUGGACAAGACCGUUUACAUCUCUGGACAGAUAGGCAUGGACCCUUCCAGUGGACAGCUUGUACCUGGAGGGAUAGCAGCAGAAACUAAACAAGCUCUUACAAACAUGGGUGAAAUUCUGAAAGCGGCAGGCUGUGACUUCACUAAUGUGGUCAAAGCAACUGUUUUGCUGGCUGACAUGAAUGACUUCAAUACUGUCAAUGAAAUCUACAAACAGUAUUUCAAGAGUAAUUUUCCUGCUAGAGCUGCUUACCAGGUUGCUGCUUUACCCAAAGGAGCACGCAUUGAGAUUGAAGCAGUGGCUGUCCAGGGACCUCUCACAACAGCAGGUCUAUAAGUAGGCAGUGUUAUUCUCAUCAUGUCUUUAAAUUAACAUUUUGAUUCUUACAAUUGAUGUUGAAAGUGUACAUGUGACUAAAAUAUCUGUAGUUAUCAUGGAAAUACCAUAUCAUAGAGGGAGUUGACAUGAAUUGAAUAUUAGAUAAUGAAUCCAGUUACUGAUGCUACAAAUUACAAAUGUGUACACUCAUUGCUGAAUAUGGGAGAAGGGACACUCAUUACAUAGUCACUCAAGUAAACUAAAGUACAAGGAAUAAUAACACAGGUAGAUGAGUUAAUGUUCCUGAAAAAUAAUAAAGAGCCUAAUUCAAUUACAUUCUAUUUAAUUAAACGAUAUGAAGUAUUUAGUUCUCAUGUUAGAUAUGUGAUUCUGCUUUUACUUUAGUAAAAUAUUCACUCUUGAAUUGUAGAAGUAAAGAAGAAAAUGGACCAAAAUUUUAUAUAGAUAAUAUUUUUCUAAUGGAAAUAAAAUACACAUGCAGAUUUCCCUA